AUGGGGCCCUCUCAGUUUGUUCAUGCCCUUCGGCACCGGGGCAUGAGGUCCCCCUACCGGAGGCCAGGUAUGGGCUGGCCCCGACCCCGGUUUCCCAGGAUGUUCAAGUGUAGCAGCAGAAGGUACCGGCAGAAACCUCAAGGCCCAGCUGCCACCAGUGCAGCCACCAGUCUUGCCACUCAGGUCAUGAAUAUCAACAACAACCACACUGCCACCACCAGUGUGUGGAUCCUCCCACCUCAAGUUCUGAGACACUUCUUUCAGCCUGGGAGCUUUCUGAUCCUCUAG